AACGAUCGAUGGCGUUGAUGUGGGAAAGCCCGACCCGAAAGGCCCAAUGCAAAAACAUCUGCACACCGUCAACCAAUAGUGAAUUCGGCCACCAUAAGAUCAACGAACGCGCCAGCGAUUACGAUUCUAGGGUUUCGAAAUCAACUCUUCAUUCUAGAACUUCUACUUCCAUUUCAAUUUCGAUUUUGCUUCUAAUCAGUUGCCCUGCAAGCUUGCUUUUCUAGAUGCAUAAAAUGCCCGAGACAAGGCAGAAAGAAGGAACGGCCCAAAAUUCAGAGUCAACAGGGGGAAACAGUGAUCCGGAAAAACCCACAGAUUCUGGUGAGCAGAUAGACCUUGAUGGGGACAACGAUCAAGAAGAGUCAUCUGAGGAAGAGGUAGAGUAUGAAGAAGUGGAGGUGGAGGAAGAAGUGGAAGUGGAAGAAGAAGAGGAGGAGGAGGAAGAAGAGGAAGAGGAAGAAGCAGAGGAAGGUAGUAAGCCUUCAGAUGGUGAAGACGAGAUGAGAGUGGAAGAUACUAAAGAUGAGGUUGAGAAAAAGAGACAUGCUGAACUUCUUGCGCUUCCACCUCAUGGUUCAGAGGUUUACAUUGGCGGAAUUCCUCAUGACAUUUCUGAAAAAGAUUUAAGGGUCUUCUGUCGAUCUGUGGGAGAAGUUGUAGAGGUAAGGAUUAUGAAGGGAAAAGAAGCAAAAGGUUAUGCUUUUGUGACCUUCAAGACAAAGGAAUUGGCAUCAAAGGCUAUCGAGGAGUUGAACAACACUGAAUUCAAGGGAAACAAAAUAAAGUGCUCAACGUCUCAAGUUAAGCAUAGGUUAUUCAUUGGAAAUGUUCCUAAAGAUUGGACUGUUGAAGAUAUGAAGAAAGUCAUUGCCAAGGUUGGCCCUGGUGUCAUUGCUGUGGAACUGUUGAAGGAUCCACAGAGUUCUGGCCGUAAUCGGGGAUUUUCUUUUAUUGAGUAUCACAACCAUGCUUGUGCAGAAUAUUCAAGGCAGAAAAUGUCAAACUCCAAUUUUAAACUUGACAAUAAUGCUCCAACAGUGAGCUGGGCUGACCCAAGGAAUUCUGAUUCAUCAGCAUCCUCUCAGGUGAAAGCAGUAUAUAUAAAGAACCUUCCAGAAAACAUAACGCAGGAUCGUCUGAAGGAGCUGUUUGAACAUCAUGGUAAGAUCACAAAAGUAGCUCUCCCUCCUGCUAAAGCUGGACAAGAAAAGAGCAGAUAUGGUUUUGUGCACUUUGCUGAUAGAUCAUGUGCAAUGAAGGCAUUGAAGAACACAGAGAAGUAUGAGAUUGAUGGCCAAAUUUUGGAAUGCUCACUCGCUAAGCCACAGGCAGAUCAGAAGUCAUCUGGUGUAUCAAAUUCACACAAUUCAGCUAUACUUCCUACUUAUCCACCUCCUCUUGGUUAUAGUAUGGUUGGAGGUGGAUAUGGUGCUGUUGGUGCAGGAUAUGGUGCCACUGGCUUUGCACAGCCACUAAUGUAUGGUCCGGGAGCAACCCCUGCUGGCAUGGCAAUGAUGCCAAUGCUUUUACCAGAUGGAAGGAUUGCAUAUGUAUUGCAACAACCAGGUUUACCGCAGGCAGGCUUGCAACAGCCAGGUUUUCAACAGCAUGCUCCUUCACCAGUAUCUCGACAUGGCAGGAGUGGUGGUGGUAGCUCAAGUGGUGAAAAACGCAAUCACGAUAAUAACCGUAAUCGUGGUCCUGGCCGAUAUAAUCCCUACUAAUAUAAUUUGGCCUUGCGUGGUCUUUAGGGUGCUAUGCAAUUGAGGUUUAUUCCUACUGGUCACCUCCCCAAUGCCAAAAAUUUAUCUGGCAUGUAUGGAAAAAUUUGAACAGACUGAAUUGUUGAAAUAUAUGUAUAUUGUUAAAGCUGUUGCUAGUUUUACA